UGUAGGGUAAAUCCAGCCCUCUCCUACAGCAGCAGCAGCAGCAGCGUAGAGGGAUACGGCCACUGCAGUAAACACAGGGAGACAAUUUCUUGCCGACACCGAUUAUUUAUUUUAUCAGGCCUUAACUAUGGACAUGGACAACGAAGAAACUAGAAUGAAAGAUUCCAAAAGACGAGAACGUCAAGCAGGUUCAAGCAGGCAUGGUAAACAUGAUAUUGAAGCAGCAUUGGAGAAUCCAGACACUGACAUUGGCUUGUGUGGUUGGCUGUUGGUCGCAUUUUCCAUUCUUCUCAUGCUGGCUACUCUCCCCAUCUCCAUAUGGAUGUGCAUUAAGAUUGUGAAGGAGUACGAGCGAGCCAUUAUCUUUCGCCUGGGGCGCAUUUUGCGAGGAGGAGCCAAAGGACCAGGGCUGUUCUUCAUCUUGCCGUGCACUGACAGCUUUAUUAAUGUGGACAUGCGCACCAUCACCUUCGACAUCCCACCGCAAGAGGUAUUGACCAAAGACUCUGUGACAGUGAGUGUUGACGGUGUGGUGUACUACCGGGUCCAGAAUGCGACACUGGCUGUGGCUAACAUCACUAAUGCAGAUGCUGCUACCCGGCUGCUGGCCCAGACCACCCUGAGGAACGUCCUGGGUACCAAGAACCUGGCAGAGAUCCUGUCCGACCGUGAAGAAAUUGCACACAGCAUGCAGUCCACUCUGGACGAUGCUACAGAUGACUGGGGGAUCAAGGUGGAGCGGGUGGAGAUCAAAGACGUCAAGCUGCCCCAUCAGCUCCAGAGAGCAAUGGCCGCUGAGGCCGAGGCCACCCGCGAGGCCAGAGCCAAGGUGAUAGCCGCGGAGGGAGAGAUGAACGCGUCGCGGGCACUGAAGGAGGCGUCCCUGGUGAUUGCAGAGUCUCCGUCAGCCCUGCAGCUGCGUUACCUUCAGACCCUCAACACCAUCGCUGCCGAGAAGAACUCCACCAUCAUUUUCCCGCUGCCGCUGGAGAUGAUGCAGGGUUUCAUCAAACACUGAAAAUUGUUCAAACGUACACACUCACACAACAUACAUACAUCACUCACACACACACACACACACACACACACACACUAUUGAUUUAGGCCUGGCGUCUGUUAAGCAUGUCUCGGAACCAGCUGUGUUUUAAAAUGAUGCUUUGGAAGUUGUGCUUGUGGCUCCAGAUACACCAAGCUGUCUUUUUAGAGAAAAAAAAACAGUUUAAAAGCUUUUUAUGGCCUUGCCAUUGUUGCAUAUGAACACACCUCAAAGACUGAUAGCCAGCCCGCAUGCACGUAUGUUCUGCAUCUGUGUGAGAGGAAAGAACUGCAGUCAUGAUCUAAAAAAGAAAACUAGCAAGUCGGUCUUGGGUUACUUUAUUCCAAACGGCCAUACUUUUUGUUUUUGCUUUUUAGAUUCAUUAGAUGGCUUAAACUAUAGAAAAGAUGAAAUGUAGCUUGUGUCACAUGGUCCCGUUGCUCAGAUCAGUUGGUCUCUUUGCGCACUGAUCUGUCAGCUCUCUAUCGUUCAGCAGUGUGCUCGGUCAGCUGAGCGGCUGCAGAGCCAACGGUGCCAGACACACCGCAAAAUCUACAGCAGUCAGCUAAGUGCGUCUGCCAAGAGCUGCCCACUGGCUGAAUUAAUUUGGUAUUGUGUAUGAGAUUUAACUAAAAAUAGCCACAGUGCAGCAGGUGGUUUUUAUCCUGUCUUUUUUAUGCUGCAAAUGUAGAAAUCAAGGCAAGACUGUCAAAGUAAAAGCAUUGUCUCAUCAUCCAUUUUAGACAUUUUAAAGGAAAGUGCCUGCUGGAUAUGUGGCCUCACACACACACACACACACACACACACACACACACACACACACGAUAUAGAUAUCUAAUAUCUCCUGAUAUUGUGGUACUACUGCGACCACUGCCAGCAUCGUAGUGCUCUUAUCAUUUUAUAUGUAUUGUCAUGAUGAAAUGUGUAAUAGCUUUAUUGCUAAUCCCCAAAACCAAACUAAAUGCUUUUUUUAGAUGUUCGCUGUCCCAUUGCGUGUGCUCACUGAAUUUUAGUGUAAACCCCAUUCCAGCUUCAUCAUCAAACAGACAUUUUAAGGUUCAAACAUGUACCAGGACACAGUAUUCACGCUACUGUACUGAACCCGCUCCACUGUCACUCUUACUUUCAUUGAGAGAGUGAACAAAAGAAAUAGAAUUAUAUUUAAUACGUAAACAGACUUAACUGUUUCAAUUGUCAGAGGCACCAGAUGGAUCCAAAGCAAUGACGUAAUCACAAUACGAAACCAGCAUGAGUGUUAGGCACUGAUCUUAAAAUAGCCCCUUCAGAAAGUAGGGAUCGUUCGGAGUGACAAACAGAUAAUAAUACACAAACACACACACACACACUUCUCUCUCUGUUAAAUACACAAACACCUUGUCUCUGGUUGUCAGUGCUUCUGUCUCAGAUUACAAGCUUAAACUUUGCUGGGAUGUUGACAGUCAGGCUGACAUGCUGCAUGUUACUUGUAUUUGUUUACAGUAUAUUUUCUAUUUAGACAGACAGACAGACAGACACUUUAUUUAUCCCAGGGGAAUUUAUACACUGUCUGUUAUUCACAAGGGUGGAAGAGUAUUAAGGAACACCAGAGAUUACUGUAGAGUUGACUCCCUCUGACACAAGCAGUCAGAGCAUUAUCAACUAUACAGAUGGUACUGUGUGUAUUACAGGGCUGUCAGUUCCUAUUAUUUUGUCCACCCCCCUGUCUGGCUUAACUGCUCAGGAGAACUGGGGACCUUUGGGAAGAAACGUAUUGCAAAUCUUUCAGCCAAAAGCCUUAACUUAGUGCCAUCAAUUCCCUUUACAGAUUUCCACAUUUCUAUGCACUUCCACGUGAAAAUAACUUUUAUUUUAUUUUUUUAUCACAAUACAUAUGCUCUUUCUUGGUGUAAACAAGCCAAAUAGGUAAUCAUCCUUGUGUCUACCCAUCUUAAAACUUUAAGAUGUAGUUAUAUUCAGAGUGUUGGUAAAUGUAUGUUACAGUAUUUAGAGUGUGUGUGAGUUAGUAGUUUUACUAUAUAUGCAUAUAUACAUAUACAUUUAUACAUAUAUACAUACUCAAUCGCACUACUGUGAAGUUAGCUAGCCAGUAGCUAGAUGUGGGGUUUCUGUUUGUCACAACUUAAGGUUUAAAGUGGCACUAUUUUUUUUUUUAUUCUUUUUUGUUAUGUAAUACAAAGACUGUUGUAUUAUUUUACUACAGAACUCCUGUGUAUUUCAGUUAUUGCUGUUGACCCAUAUUGAGUUUGAACUGUUACAGUAAGUCUGUUACAGAAAGAAGGGGGGGGGGUCACGCGGCCGCAUUGCUUUGCAGCUCGCUGAGCAGCUCCUCGGUGAUGUUUCACCAGUAGUUUGUGGUUGUUGCGUGUUGUCCACUUUCUCAGGCAGCAUUCAGAGAUAAUAACUUUCUUGAGCUCACUUCUCAUCAUUUGGCUUUCACAUAAGAAAGAAAAACUCAGCUCAUUAAUUACUUCAGCUUAUAUCUAGUUGUAAAAUGUUACAUCAAUAUUCAGAAGUUCUAUUCAAAGUGUAUUAUGUUUAGUUUUUAUACAGUUUGCUAAUAUUUGAUAUGGUUUUAUCCUGACAUAGUACAUGUAGAGUUAAGUUAGACUUUAAAUAAAGAUUCUAUCAAAAAGCA